CCCCAGCCCGGCCUCCGUGCCCGUCCCCAAGGCGGCUCGUCACCGCCGCGAGGCCAAUGGGCUGGGCCGCACGGUCGCGCGCACUCGCACCCGCUCCCCCUAGUCCCUCCCGCGCUCUCCCCGGCGCCGCUCUCCGGUCCUCGCCCAGCCCGCUGCCGCCGCCGUCGGAGCCGCCAUGCAGCCCCCGCGCUCCUCGUGCCUCCCGCUGCUGCCGCUGCUGCUGCUCCUCGCGGCGCCCGCUCAGGCGCUGCCGUCCCGGCCGGGACGCUCGGCGCCUCCCGCCGCCGGGUGCCCGGAGCGCUGCGAGCCCGUGCGCUGCCCGCCGCCGCCGGAUCACUGCGAAGGCGGCCGCGUCCGCGACGCGUGCGGCUGCUGCGAGGUGUGCGGCGCGCCCGAGGGGGCGGCGUGCGGCCUGCAGGAGGGCCCGUGCGGCGAGGGGCUGCAGUGCGUGGUGCCCUUCGGGGUGCCCGCCUCGGCCACGGUGCGGCGGCGCUCGCAGGCCGGCCUCUGCGUGUGCACCAGCAGCGAACCGGUGUGCGGCAGCGACGCCAACACCUACGCCAACCUGUGCCAGCUGCGCGCCGCCAGCCGCCGCUCCGAGAGGCUGCACCAGCCGCCGGUCAUCGUCCUGCAGCGCGGCGCCUGCGGCCAAGGCCCGGAGGACCCCAACAGUCUGCGCCAUAAAUACAACUUCAUUGCCGACGUGGUGGAGAAGAUCGCUCCUGCCGUGGUUCACAUUGAGCUGUUUCGCAAGCUUCCUUUUUCUAAGAGGGAGGUGCCGGUGGCCAGUGGGUCUGGCUUUAUCGUGUCUGAAGAUGGACUGAUUGUGACAAACGCCCACGUGGUGACCAACAAGCAUCGGGUCAAGGUUGAGCUGAAGAACGGUGCAACCUACGAAGCCAAAAUCAAGGAUGUGGAUGAGAAAGCAGACAUUGCACUUAUCAAAAUUGACCACGAGGGACGGCUGCCGGUCCUGCUGCUUGGCCGCUCCUCUGAGCUGAGGCCAGGAGAGUUCGUGGUCGCCAUCGGAAGCCCGUUUUCCCUUCAAAACACAGUCACCACCGGGAUCGUCAGUACCACCCAGCGAGGCGGCAAAGAGCUGGGGCUCCGGAACUCGGACAUGGACUACAUCCAGACGGACGCCAUCAUCAACUAUGGAAACUCAGGAGGCCCAUUAGUAAACCUGGACGGCGAAGUGAUUGGGAUUAACACUCUGAAGGUGACCGCCGGCAUCUCCUUCGCAAUCCCAUCUGAUAAGAUUAAGAAGUUCCUCACUGAGUCCCACGACCGGCAGGCCAAAGGCAAAGCCAUUACCAAGAAGAAGUAUAUCGGCAUCCGAAUGACGUCACUCACAUCCAGCAAAGCCAAAGAGUUGAAGGACCGCCACCGAGACUUCCCAGAUGUGCUUUCAGGAGCGUAUAUCAUUGAAGUCAUUCCUGAUACCCCAGCAGAAGCAGGUGGGCUCAAGGAAAAUGAUAUCAUCAUCAGCAUCAACGGACAGUCUGUGGUCUCUGCCAGUGAUGUCAGCGAUGUCAUUAAAAAGGAAAACACCCUGAACAUGGUUGUCCGCAGGGGCAAUGAAGACAUCAUGAUCACCGUGAUCCCUGAAGAAAUCGACCCAUAGGUGGAGGCAUGAGCUGGCUUUCAUGUUUCUCUCAAAGACUCUCCAGUGGACGACACAUGAUGACUCUGGGCUGGUGGCACGGGACAGCCAGGACUUUGGACCACCAUGUUGCUUGUCCAGCAGAAACACCUGGCCAACAGAAUCCUUCUUGAUAGUUUGCCGGCAAAACAAAUGUAAUGUAGAUCCGCAGGCAGAAGCUCGCCCUUCUGUAUCCUAUGUAUGCUUUUCCUCGCCAGCUUGGACUGUUCCUGCUUAGACAGUCAACAAUUGUCUCUUCCUUUUACCGAGUCAUCAUCUUAGUCUGACUAAGGCAGUCGGUAGAGCGCAUAGAUGGAGGAAGGUCCCAUGGGAGCCAGGAUGGGUCUGGGCACGUUUAUGCUUUUCCUCCCAGUUGGCACCCAGAGGAGGCUGAGGCCGGAGACCAUGGGUGGGUGAACGUUGGCUUUCAAAAUGGCCAGAGUUGCCGCUUUUAGGAAGCUCUUCAGAAUGGGGAGCACAAUGACUUUGAGUUUGAGCUAUUAAAAUACUUCUUCAUACUCUG